ACCUGAUACCCUCGGAAUCACUGCUAUUGUCCUAGUGGAGUGCCCACGCACGGCUGCAUUUUAUUCGAGUGAGUGUGACUCGCUUAAACGAUGGAGAGUGAGACAUCCAAGCGAGGCAGCAACACGCCGGAACCAUCUCGGACCAAGAAGCGCGCCAAAUAUACCCAGGUCGCUUGCAAUGAGUGUAAGCGACGGAAGCUGAAAUGCAGCGGCGAGCCCGUGUGCUCGCGGUGUGCCCGAGACCAUGUGCGCUGCGUGUACACCCCUAAUGCUCAUGCGGUGGCCAACACGGCGUCGCCUGCGGUGGAAGACCCCGUGAAAGAUGACAGACUGUCCAGCCGAUUGCAGACCGUCGACCAGCAAAUUGAGACCCUCCAACGAGAAAUGCGCGCCAUGGCCGCUCGUCUCCGGCAAUUGGAAUCGACAUCCGUGACUACGCCUGCUAACCAUACCAGCAUCCAUACCACCAUGUCGACCAUCUCGUCUACUUCCGCCAACGUAGGUCUCCAGCGGAUCCUGAACCGUCCCAAAUCCCCCACCUACGUCGGUCCGACCAGUGCGGAGUUCGGACUCACCGCGCGACAGAAGCCCUCGGACAGCGACGGGGAUGUGGCCGAGUCCAACUCCUCGGCACCCCCGAGUCCAGCCCCUGACCCGGAAGCCGAGGCCUUGCCCGGUGACUCUCUUCGCUGUCUGGGGUUGACCGAAACGCUCCGACUCGUGACGGUCUACGAACAUACCGUGGGUCUGAUCUAUCCAUGCGUGGACCUGGACAGUGUCCGCGCGUACGUGGUCGAGUACUUUCGGGAGGACGGCGAUGGUCCGAAUGCCACCACUCCUAGUACGGAGGAUCAGGACUGGUUCUUUGCGCGGGAUGCCGAGGUGCUGAAGAUUAUCGUCGCGACGGCCUUGUUAGCGGAAUCGCACGGUCGCAGCGAACGAGCGGCGUGGUUGGCAGAUAGCGUGGAAGACAAGUUUGCGACCCGGUACAAGCUGCCGGAGGUGGACAUGAAGGAGUUGCUUAUUUUGACUCUGGUGUCGAUCUUCCAUUCCUACCGCGAUGACGAGGUGAUAGCAUGGCGGACCAUCGGUUCCGCAGUCCGGGGAGCAGUCCAGCUCGGCCUGCACUGUCAGGAGACAUGGCUGAAAACGGGAGGCGUGUUCCCGGGCGAGUUGCAUCGCACCUGGGCCAGCCGGCUAUUCUGGUGCAUCUACGUGCUGGACCGGAAGUGGUCGUUUGGGACGGGCCUACCCUUUGCCAUCCAGGACUCGGACAUGGACACCAACCUGCCCGAGCCAGGGACCGCCACGCCCUACUUGACCUGCAUGAUCUCGUACGCACGCCUCAGCUCGAAGAUCUGGGGGUUGGUGGUCGGCUGGCGCACCCGUCCUCGAGCAGCCACAGCCGACUACUGUGCGUACCUCGACUUCCAGGUGCAGCAAUGGAUCCAAUCCAUCCCGCCCGAGCUGCGGUUCGAUCCGUCGCAGCGAUCCUCCACCGGUUCCAACCCGCACGCCGACAGCAUGAUGAUGCUACAGGUCCUGCUAGCGCUACAAGCCAACCAGCUCCGCAUCCUGGUCUACCGACAAUACCUCUUCAGCACGGAGAGCAUCGAAGAAAGCGUUCCGAGUGCAUCGAUUGCCGUCGAAACCGCCAAAAGCACCGUGCACAUGCUCGACUUCUUCAGCCGCGUCUCCGACAUCUACUUCCAACGCCCCGAACCAUUCAACUACUUCCUCAUCUCCGCGCUGGCCGCCCUCUUCCUCGCCGUCCUCCACUCCCCAUCCCGAUUCAGCCAAGUCUGUCGUCCGGAAUUCUACAACGCCGUCGACAUGGUCCGUCGAUCCUCUACCCAAGCCCGCACCUCCCGGCGCCUCCAAAAGAUUAUCCGCAGUCUGAAACUCAUCCGACUCAACCUGGGCAGUAAAUCCCCUCGACUACCCAAUCAAACCCUUCACCAACGUCCUGAUCACCCCAAACGACCACCACCCACCGCUGACGCAGACUACGCCAUGUCCUUUACCCCGAUGGAAUCUCCCUACCCGCCGCAGCCGCAACAACUAUCAACCCUCCCGACGGCACCGCACUCCGCCCUCUGGUCCUUCACCACCCCGGCUGGGCCUGGCCCGGUCGAUCAAAAUAGCUGCGAGGAUCUGACCAGUUUCUUUGAAAUGGCCGGCGGAUUCUACUUUGAUCCGCGCACGCAGGCCGAAGUGGCGGAGGGGGUGGUGCCGGAGACGGGGACGGAUGGGGCGGGGAUUGAGGCGUUGAAUGCGGAGGAUGAGGCGUUGACGAGGGUGAUGGCGGGGUUGCUAUGACAGGGGAUUGAAGCGAC